ACGGGCUUAGCAACCCCGAGGUACCCGAGCUAGAGGGGGGGUCAGCGGGCCCCAAUAGAUGAAAAGCAAGAGCAGUAGUGCAAUAACUUUGUAUAAUAAAUUACGCACUUUAAACAAACAAAUAAAUAAAUAAAUGAAUGAUUUUGUGGCGCCAUCGGUGGCAAAACGUCCAAGUUUGUAGUAAAAAUAGUUCUCGAUGUUUCAGCUAGAUGGCGGCACGAUGUAAAACGUCGAUAAUUGUUACUGCAGAUAAAUAAAAGCAAAUAAAUGUGUAAAUACUAUAUUAGAAGGAUAUACUGAAGCAUUAUGAAGCAAAGAAUCGUAUUAAUUAUGCAUUUAUGUCAAAUAAAAAAUUAGUAAAAAGUUGUCGGUUGCGCCAUCUAGAAGACCAGUGGGAACUAUCUUGGGAACUAACUUGGGCGUUUUGCCACCGAUGGCGCCACAAAACCAAUAUUAAAAAAUAUUUUUCAAAAUGCUAAAUUGGCAUAAUCACGGAUUUACUGGACAUUUUAUUAAUUCCUACACUUAUUAUUCAAUGUUAUUUCAAAUUGGUCAUAAGGAUAACUAGAUAUUAAAGUGUCAAAGAAAUCUAUCACUGAAAAAUUAGUUCGGCCUGACCACCGCUAGAUGGCGAUACCAAUCGCGUGUCCAUUAGCUGCUGUAUUGAAAUCAGAAAAUUUGAACCGCAGAAAGGUUCUAACAUUGAGAGUGUGUGUAUGGCAUCAAUGUAAACCAGUUCGCGGGCCGAGCCCCUCACGCAAUCCCUUCCCCUUCCACGCACCGCAGCCGAGAGAGAAAGACGUCAGUAUAGAGCAGAGCGUAGAGCAGAGCACACCAAGAUUUAAGAAUUGGCGGGAACGUGAAAGUGUUUUUCGAACCAACGGAAAGCGUCAAGUGAACGCAGUUCAAGAUGGCGGCUUCCGCUCGUUGCGCCAGUGCACUCUGUGAGAUCGUAGUGGACGGGAGCCGUUGAAUUCACCG